UCCCAUUGGUUGGAGGGAGAUCUGGGUGUUUUGUCCUCGACAUGCGUCAUGCAUUCGAAGCUGCUAUAUAACAGUUGACCUCCCUCCUCUCGCAGUUAUUCACUCCCAUACUCCCGUACCGGCUGCACGCGCUGUGUUUCUUGUCAAAAUCAUAGUUUAAAAAAAAACCACAAUGCCCAUCGAUCUAUACUACGUGCCUGGCUCCGCUCCCUGCCGCGCCGUGCUCCUCACCGCCAAGGCCCUCAACCUGAACCUGAACCUUAAACUAGUGGAUCUGCACCAUGGAGAACACCUCAAGCCAGAAUAUAUCAAGCUCAACCCUCAACACACAGUGCCCACCCUGGUGGACGAUGGCUUCUCAAUCUGGGAGUCGCGCGCCAUCAUCACAUACUUGGUGAACAAAUACGGCAAGGGCAGCAGCCUGUACCCUGAGGAACCCAAAGCCAGGGCCCUGGUCGACCAGCGCCUGUACUUCGACAUCGGCACUCUGUACCAGAGAUUUGCUGAUUACUUCUACCCACAAGUGUUCGGUGGCGCCCCCGCUGACAAAGACAAGCUGGCCAAGAUCGAAGACGCUCUGCAGCUCCUGAACACAUUCCUCGAAGGACAGAAGUUCUGUGCUGGUCCCACCCUGACCCUCGCUGACCUCAGUCUCGUCGCCAGCGUGUCUAGCUUCGAAGCUUCCGAUGUAGACUUCAAGAAAUACCCUAACAUUAAGAGAUGGUAUGAAACAGUGAAGACCUCAGCGCCCGGCUACUUGGAGGCUAACGAGAAAGGCCUGGAUGCCUUCAAGGGUCUCGUCAACAGCAUGAUGAAGAAGUAACUGGAGUUUACACAAGAAGUUCACUCCAUUCCUUUAUGCAGAUGACAAUAAUGGACGAAGGUGCAAUAAGUGCUCAAUUGGAAAAUAAACUGGGCCCUUAUUGGGCCUUCGUUCAUCCAGAAAAAGAACACCAAAUUAAAAAAUGUUUGCACUCUAUUUGGCUUCCAUUGUCCAAUCUUGCCAUGGAUUUGGAAUAUUUGCGUCCAAUUUUUGGAUAAAUGAAUGGAGCUCUCCUAUUUCUCUACACAGCACAAAUGCUGUCACUUUCACAAAAUGUUGUUUUUUCAAGUUACACCGUUUUACAUUCUGAUUUAUUUAAGUUUAGGUUAUAAGGCACAAAUAAAAGUUUAAAAUAUA